AUGAGUGGUAAAAUGGUGGGGAAUUCAAGUGAGGAGUCUGGGGUUAGCAGAUCAUUACAAGGAUCAUCAAAUGGGCAACAACGUUCUGGUGAAGCAUUGGCUAAAUGGCGCUAUUCUGAAAAAGUUGACAAUGGAAUCACUUCAACUUCACCUCCCUACUGGGAUACAGAUGAUGAUGAUGAUUAUAAACUGUCAAACACUCUCCUGCAAAUUCAAAAGGAAGAUGGCACAGGCAAGGAGUAUCUUUUGGGAGCCGCCUUUGAGGCCAUCAAAAAUACUUUGAUUCAAGGCAGUAACAAACUCUUAUUGGAUUUCCGUGUUGUUCUUGAUCAAGAGUUGGGAUUGAUAUUGAAGCUAAGAUACAUGAUGAACGGUUGGAUACAUGAAGGGUUUCGGAGCUUCUUAAUACAACUUAAUGAUGAGUUACUUAAACAAGAAGGUGCCUCAUUAUAG